GAGCUGCCGCAGAGCGCAGGCUCCUCCCCCCAACCAGCUCCGACCGGCCUGUCAGAAGAACAGGAAGACUCCUCCGCACCUAGAGACGCAGCGCCGCUUCCCCUGUCACACGGGGGGGUUCAAAAGUUAAACAAACUUGUAGCAGUCAUGGAGACGAAUUUAUGAGACGCAGUCGCGCCGAGUCAUCCGCGUUAUAAGUCGCCGAAAUAACUCGUGGAAGUGGGAAGAGCGGAGUUUUUUUGUUUGUUUUUCUCUCCACGGAGACUUUGCCUUGUGUAGUCAGUCAGACGAGCUAGCUUAGCUAAAGCUAACGGGUAGCUCAGUUACUACCGCUAAUUUUCGGGACCUAAAAUUGACGUUGUUUCACAAAGCUUUGGGUUGUGUUUCACACGGAUAACUCUACCGGUAGAAUAAGUCCUCGGUUGUAUUAUAUUGACGCCACAUACUGUUUUCAUACUUUACGUCCCGAGGACGUGGGGCUGUGCUUUGAAUUUCCCUCCUUCAGUGAUACGGAGGGGCUCGUUCGGCGUAGCCUGCUUGGCUCUCCACCAACUCAUUAGCAACCUUGUGCUAAUUGUGGCUAAGUUAGCCAAAGUUACUAGCCAAGGCCCCGGGGGAAUACACGGUUGGCUUUUUUUCUUCGCAAAAGUUUAAAAAAAACCCCGUCAUUUUUACGUUUGAGCGAAGGGAGAUUACCGCCACACGGGUUUAUUCGCACAACCAAUUCAAAGACACGGAUUAAGUUAUAACCAUGGAUCCGAACACGGGGAGCUCUGCCUCGGCAUCUGGUCCCAAGAAGGACAAGAAGCCAAAGAAGAACUAUGAGGAUGGAGAAGGGAAGAAGAAAUUUACACUCAAACGGCUGAUUCCUGAUGAGCUGGAACGUUUCACCAGCAUGAGGAUGAAAAAGGACAAGGAGAAGCCCGGCCAAGCGCCAAGCCAGCGACACUCUUCGGCGGCCAGCUACGAGAUCGGCCCGCAGAGCGCCAUGCUGCACGAUCACUCCGAUGAAUACGUGCUGGAGCUCUUUGAACAGAUGCUGGUGGACAUGAACCUGAAUGGGGAGAAGCAGGAGCCUCUAAGAGCAAAAGACAUUAUGAUCAAGCGAGAGAUGGUCUCCCAGUACCUACACACGUCUAAAUCCGGUCAGAACCAGAAGGAGAGCACCAAAUCGGCCAUGAUGUACAUCCAGGAGCUAAAGUCCGACUACCGAGACACACAACUGCUGAGCUGCCUGGAGUCUCUGAGAGUCUCCCUCAAUAACAACCCUGUCAGUUGGGUGCAGACAUUUGGAAACGAGGGACUCGCCUUGCUGCUCAACCUGCUUAAGAGACUACAGGAGGACAAAGACGAGUACCCAAUGGUGGGAGUGAAAUGUCAGCAUGAGAUCAUUCGCUGUUUGAAAGCCUUCAUGAACAACAAGCACGGCCUAAAAUCCAUGCUGGAGUCUGAUCAGGGAUUUCCUCUGCUGGUCAAAGCCAUCAACCCUCGGGUGCCUCAUAUGAUGGUGGAUGCUGUCAAGCUGCUCUCUGCAAUCUCAAUAUUGGAACAUCCUGAGAACCUUCACGAGCGUGUUUUGGAGGCCAUCACCGAGGAGGCAGAGAGACUGAAUAUCGAGAGGUUCCAGCCACUCCUCGCUGGCAUGAAACAUCCCAUCAUUGCUCUGAAGGGUGGCUGCAUGCAGCUAAUCAAUGCCUUGAUAAGCCGGGCAGAUGAGCUGGACUUCAGGAUCCAUAUUCGCUCCGAACUGCUAAGAUUGGGACUCAGAGACCAGCUGACGGAGGUGCGGAUGAUAGAAAACGAAGAGCUGAGGGUGCAACUCAAUGUGUUUGACGACCAGGCUGAAGAUGACUCUGAGGACCUCAAAGCACGUCUUGAUGACAUCCGCAUUGAAAUGGAUGAUGUGAGGGAAGUCUUUGAGAUUCUUGUCAACACGGUGAAGGACUCCAAAGGCGAAAACCACUUCCUGUCCCUGCUGCAGCACCUGCUGCUAAUCCGCAAUGACUAUCUGGCCAGGCCUCAGUACUACAAGUUGAUAGACGAGUCUGUUGCUCAGAUCGUGCUUCACAGGAAUGGAGCCGACCCCGACUUCAAGUGCCGUCACCUCAGUCUCAACGUUGAAGGCUUGAUAGACAACAUGGUGGACCAGACCAAGGUAGAAGCCAGCGAGGCCAAGGCCGCCGAGAUGGAAAAGAAGCUGGAUGCCGAGUUGACGGCCCGCCACGAGCUGCAGGUGGAGCUCAAGAAGCUCGAGGGCGACUACGAGCAGAAGCUGCAGGGCUUGAGCCAAGAGAAGGAACAGCUGGCCACUUCUAAGCAGGAGCGGGAGAAGGAGAACCAGGGACUCCAGCAGCAGCUCGGCACCCUCAAGCAGCAGAUUGAAAAGCUGUCCAAAGAUCUGGAAGAGGCCAAGACCAAAGUAGUCACAGUCACUGUUCCUCUGCCGCCUCCCCCCCCUCCUCUACCCGGCCAAAAUGCAGGUAUGCCCCCUCCACCCCCUCCGCCUCCUCUCCCGCCGAUGCCAGGCUAUGCAGGCGUACCUGCUCCUCCACCCCCCCCUCCUCUACCGAGUCAAGCAGUUCCUCGCCACUCUUUGCCAGGCAUGCCAGGGCCACCGCCACCCCCGCUCCCUGGCAUGCCGGGACCUCCUCCACCCCGGCUCCCUGGCAUGGCAGGACCCCCUCCUCCACCCUUACCCGAGAUGAGACCUCCACCACCGCCCCCGCUGCCCGAGUUUCCCGGUAUCCCCCCGCCACCGCCGGGCCCAGGCAUCCCUCAACCUCCACAAUUUGGCAUGGAGGGCUGGGUGGCCCCCGCACCACCCUCCCUGCCUUACGGGCUCCAGCCUAAGAAGGACUACAAGCCCGAAGUCCAGCUGAAGAGAGCCAACUGGAGCAAGAUCGGACCUGAGGACCUCUCUGAGAAAAGCUUUUGGACCAAGGCGAAGGAGGAGACUUUGGAGACCAGUGAGCUCUUUGCCAAACUCACUUUGGCCUUCUCCUCACAGACAAAGUCCACCAAAGCCAAAAUGGAGCAGGAUGGCGCAGAUGAAAAGAAGCAGCUGCAGAAGAAGAAGGUCAAGGAGCUGAAGAUUCUCGACUCAAAGUGCUCACAGAACCUCUCCAUUUUCCUGGGAUCCUUCCGUGUCCCUUAUGAGGAAAUCAAGAACGCCAUCCUGGAGGUUAAUGAGAAGGUCAUCACAGAGUCCAUGGUUCAGAGCCUGAUCAAACUCCUACCAGAAGCAGAGCAGCUCGGUGUCCUGGCAGAGAUGAAAGAUGAAUAUAAUGACUUGGCUGAGUCGGAGCAGUUUGCAGUAGUGAUGUCCGGUGUGAAGCGCCUGACGCCACGGCUCCAGGCCGUCCUGUUCAAGCUGCAGUUUGAGGAGCAGCUGAACAACAUCAAGCCAGAUGUGGUGUCUGUGACCGCGGCCUGCGAGGAGCUCAGUCAAAGCCAGGCCUUCACCAAGCUACUGGAGAUCAUCCUCCUUGUCGGGAACUACAUGAAUGCGGGCUCCCGCAACGGGAAGGCAUUUGGCUUCUCCAUGUCAUACUUGUGCAAGCUGCGGGACACCAAAUCAGCUGACCUGAAGCAGACGCUGCUCCAUUUCCUCGUCGACGUGUGCCAGGAGCAGCAUCCUGAGGUCAUGGGCUUUGCAGACGAGCUCAUCCACGUAGAAAAGGCCAGCAGAGUUUCUGCGGAGACACUUCAGAAGAACCUUGACCAGAUGGGGCGUCAGAUCAAGAACCUCAAAAAAGACCUGGAAACAUUUCCUCCUCCACAAAGUGACAAGGACCUGUUUGUGGAGAAGAUGUCUAGUUUUGUGAGUACCGCCGAAGAGCAGUUUGAGAAGCUGGAUAUGCUUCAUAAGAAUAUGGAGAAGCAAUAUAACGACCUGGGAGAGUACUUUGUCUUUGACCCGAGAAAAAUCUCCGUAGAGGAAUUCUUUGGAGACCUCAACACCUUUAAGAACAUGUUCCAGCAAGCCGUGAAGGAGAAUCAGAAACGUAAAGAGGCUGAAGAGAAGAUCAAGAGGGCCAAGCUGGCCAGGGAGAAGGCAGAUAAGGAGAAGGAGGCCAAACUGAAGAACCAGAGCCUUGACAUCAACGCAGAGGGGGAUGAGACUGGUAUCAUGGACGGCCUGUUGGAGGCGCUGCAGUCCGGCGCUGCUUUCAGGAGAAAGAGAGGACCACGGCAAGCAGCCAACCACAGACGAGCUGGCAACGCGGUGACCAGCAUCCUGGCCAAAGAGCUGAUGCAGGAGGGGACGCCCUCGUCCAGCAAAAAGCCCGCCAAGAAGAAGUCUGAUGUAAAGGAGGAGCCUGAACUAGAAGGAGCGCAGUCAUUGGAGGAGUUACUGGACGCUACUUCCUCUCGCUCCAAUUAGGCAAACGGGAGGGGUUUGGGUUUUUUUUUUUACUCACAGUCUGUGAUAUAAAAACACGGAUGUAUUUCGUAGCCAUUCCAGGGGCCAAUAUCAAUCUGAGAUUAGCUCACAGGAAACGCCUCUGUGCUUCUCAGAGUUCGAGCUUCAUCUCAACGGGAUCUUCUUUAAGGGAAGCGCUGACCGCGCCUUCAGGGAGGGGCAGAGGAUGAGGGCGGGCCUCACAGCUCCGCUUCUGGUUACUUUGCCAUUGUCGUAAAGAUUGAAUUGCUUUCUUCAGCAUGUGCACAUAUCUGUUCACCUAUUUCUGUCUUUGUUUUUGACGUUAUUCACCUGUCGUCGGACAAAGAUCGACCUCAGCAGUUCCAAAGACUUGUGAGGACCCCCCCUUCUUGGUGUUUUUUGUUGUAGGCUGGGAAUAUCUGAAAUCUGGCACAUCCUGCUGAUCCUUCAUAGCCUUUUCUCUGGCUGUAUCACGCUUAUUCACUUAUUCACUUUUUUUAAUCCCAUGAAACAUACUGCUUUGUGCGCUCUCGUACGUUACCGUUUGUAAUCAUUAUUCACUUUUUCUCUGUUUUUGAAGAAAGUGCCAACCAAUGCAAAUCCAGUCUUGUCAUUUCCCUCCCCGGUUUGGUCCAGUUCACAUUGGGCUGCUCUGUGGGAGAGUAAGCAGCAGUCAUCACCGGGGGUUUUCUUUUAUUUUCUACUGAGAAGGGAUUUUGUUCACUGGUGUUCAUGCCUGAAAUGGAUUUCUCAGAAAGACUGAGACAAUUUAAACAAAGAUACCACCUGUGCCCAAAUUACAUAAACAUGCUUGCACCCGUUCACAUCAACAUCCUUAUUGAGCCCGGGGAGCGUAGUAGAGAUUUCAUAAGGGUUCUUCUCUAAACCAAAUUCGUUUAGCUUUUUAUAAGGUGUAUCCCUUUAAAAUGCAACCCGGCACACUUUUUUAAAAUUUUCGCAUCAGUUUGUCAAGUAUACCACAUAUAUUCAGUUUGAUGUGCACACUCACACCUCCCACAUGUGGGUUUGUGCUUUUUAGGAUUUUUUUUCGUGCAUGCGUGUGUUGCCGUCUGUAAUUACUGUGCAGCACCGACCGUGCUGUCACAAUCCUCGGUUUCAUAAACGGCUCUGUGGUCUUUCUCCUGAAGAUAUAGCACACAGGGAAACUGCCCCAAAACUGCCGAGACAAGAAUGUGUGUUGGUGUUCACCCACUUUCCCUCCUGCUGAACUGCAACAGUUGUCGCUCCAUGUCUGGCCUUUGCUCUUAUGUGUGUUCAGUAAUCAUCAGCAUACAUGUUGCCAUGAUGUUGUAGUGUCAUAUCAGACGGAAAUCCAGAGAGGGAGUGUCAGCUGCUCCGUAUCAUAUUUAUAACUAUGCAAACACAAUACUGUACUGCUCACAAGUUCUAAAUCUACUGGAUUCGUCACCAUGCUGAUUUAAGGCUUCAUUUCGCCCGUAAUGGAGGAAAUACUUGUGAAAUAUCCAAAAUGGAAAGGAUUCACGGUUAUUUAAGUACAGUACAGAUCCUUGACCUGAUCCGGUGCUGGUGAUGCAUUUUAAACCAGCAACAAUUAGCAUGAUUCGCUCUCAACCACAACAUAUCUUGUAGCUGUAGUUAAGCAGGAGACGUGUCUGCUGUUUUAUUAUUCUGCCCGUCUCUUCAGGGGGACCAUGCCAGGUGAUUGUGUGUAAGGAGACAACGGUUGUCAGGACAUCACUGGAAUCUUUUUUUUUUUUUUUUUUUUUUUGGAGAGAUUAUUUUCUGUGUGAAUUUUUACACUUAUUUUAUUGUAUUUGACUGGAGAAUAUGUAUACAGAAUUAUGCUUGUAGUAAUUCUUUCAUAUGCAGAACUAUUAAAAAAAUCUUAAGGAAUUUAA